CGGGGGAGGGGAGGGCCUUCCUCCGUCGAGCCAUGGACGCCGAGCCGGCCCUGAGGCCGCUGUGUGAGAGCCUGGACCGGCGGCUGCUGCGCUACCUCCGGGAUGUGGAGGGUCUGGCGGAGCGGCGGGGGCGGCUGGAGAGGCGGAUGGAGCAGGGCUGGUUCUCGCUGUCCAAAGCUCGCUACUCCAUGGGAAACAAAUGGGUUACGUCGCUGCAGUACGGACCACAGAUGGUGCCUUUGGCCCGCGUCGACGUGAGUCUGAACGAAGAUGGUCAUCGCAGCUUCAAAGUUGAGAGAGUGGACUCUGGGGAGCUAACAAGUGCAGGAGGUGUUGAGGAAGAUCAGAAGGAGGUACUAGAGGUUGGAGCCCAAGGGCAGGUGCGGAGAAGAAAGGCCAGGUGGGGAGCCCAGGAGGGGCAGCAGCUGAAAUCGGAAGGUGAGCCGGCCAGUGAUUCGCAGGCGUCGGAGGAGAAGCCGGCGGUGCGCGCAGGUGGACGCCAGUCCAGCCAGGACCCUCUCCGCUGGUUUGGGGUCCUCGUGCCUCAGAGUUUACGAGACGCUCAGGCAGCUUUCAGAGAAGUGAUGGAGCUCGUGGCUGAGGUGGCGACCCUGCAGAGUCGCCUCGUCAGCGCCAAGGCAGAAUACCAGGCCCUCCUGCGACAGAAGCACAAACUCAUCGGACCCCAGAGCGUGUGAGCGUGGCUUGGUUCUGCCCACGCCAGGCCAGAGGUCAGCCUCCUCAGGGGGACGUUCUCCCCUCCUCAACCCCAGGUCCGGUUGGGCCACGCCCCAAUCCAAGCAACAUCCCGGUGGACCUCGGCGUCCCAGACUUUGUUAAAAUCUCCGUUUUCCGGGCGGGUGGCAGGGGAGUUGGGAUGGUCCCGUGAGCACACUGUAAGCCAGGGGAGCGAGGAGGAUUGUGCGAUCAUUGACGGCCAUUCGCCUUGAUCGUUUGAGAAAAUAAAUCCGGGUUGGCUUUG